AGAGAGAGAUUUAGAAAUUGAUAGGUGGUCGAGUUGUGUUGGUUGGAUAUGCGCAAGUGGAGGAGCUGUAUUUCCCCUCUCUUGUGGGACUAUUGCCAGCCAUGGACAGUGAGAGAGACGCGGAGAGAACAGCGGAUGGCGCUUCUUGAUUUCCCCGCUUAUGAACGCAGAGGGACAUUAGCCUUUUAAUGGUUUAUAUAUCCACGAAACGUUAGUUGAUCGAGUGUUAUAAAGACCGGCAACAGGCAACGGAUUAACAUAAAACGAGAGAAGAGGCGCAACCAUGACCACCGAGACCUCAAAGCACCGUUUGGAUCCAUCUAAUUCUGCUCUGAACGCAGCUCCGCCGAGCGCACAGCCAGUGAUGGAGAGCGCGCACAGCGCGUCACCCAAAUGGAAAAAGGGAAAUUCCGGCUUGAGGCGUCCCGAAAAGCCUCCCUACUCGUACAUCGCCCUCAUUGUCAUGGCGAUUCAAAGUUCGCCCACCAAAAGGCUGACUUUGAGUGAAAUCUAUCAGUUCCUGCAGGUCCGCUUUCCUUUCUUCCGGGGAUCGUACCAGGGAUGGAAAAACUCCGUGAGACACAACCUGUCUCUGAACGAGUGUUUCAUCAAGCUGCCCAAGGGCCUCGGUAGACCCGGCAAAGGACACUAUUGGACCAUCGACCCGAGUAGUGAGUUCAUGUUCGAGGAGGGCUCCUUUCGUCGCAGGCCGCGGGGGUUCCGUAGGAAAUGCCAGGCCAUGAAGCCGAUGUACAGGAUGAUGAACGGCAUCGGCUUCGGCGCGUCCAUGCUGCCGCAGAGCUUUGAUUUCCAAACACCUUCGGGCUCCCCGGCGAGCCACAACGGCUACAGCGUGGACCUGAUGGGCACCGCGGUGCCAGCUGGCCACGAGGGCCACGGGGGAGGGCUUCACGUCUCACACAUGUCGUCGGGCUCCGGGUCAUCGCACAUGAUGGCCGCGUGUCAGGUGGCCUCCAACGCGGACUACUGCCCGGACAGCAGCUGCAGCCCGCUGCAGUCCUCCCCGCCGAUGGCAGGCCCUCUGGACUGUCAGUCUCCGUAUGCAAACGCGUCCUCGCACUGGAGCUCACCCGGUGUGUCUUCGUAUGUCAAACAGCAGUCGCUGGCAACAGGCUGUGGCGCUUCUUCCGCUCUGCACGCGGGGAUGCCCUCGUACUCCCUGGAUCAAGGCUUUCUGCACCAUAACGCGCGGGACUCCUCGGAGAUCUCAGGGGGACUGUCUCGAUACUGCGGCCACUCCGCUCCUGUGAGUGAAAGGAAGGACUUGGUUUUGAACCUAAAUGGCAUCUCUUCCCUCCACCCCGGCACCGGAGCAUCGUACUAUCACCAGCUGCACCACCACCACCACCACCACCAAAGUGUCUAUCAGGACGUAAAGCCAUGCGUAAUGUGACGCAACAGCAGGGACAGAACCGACUUCUUCUGCUAAACGUGGCCCUCGGGUGGAGUCAUUUUAACAGAAUAUUUGGCGACUUGUGAAAAUGGCAAUUGUGUUUUCCCGUAGAGUCAAUUGCAGUGAACGUUUUUUGAACUGUUUAUUGUGAGGAGAUGAUACUAACUUAUAUGAAUGAGCAACAUCAACAGUUACGCAAAAAAAUACGUAUAUUUUGAAUUCAUUUUUAUACUCAUUUCGUAUUCCUGAAGUCUCUGAGAUUGUUGCUGAUUUCUUGCAUUUGGCCAUUAAAGAGGUGUAUUUUUUAAGGAUGAUUUG